GCCGGGCUGGGGCGGGGGGCUGCAGCCAUGAUCCGGGCCUUCUCGUUCCCGGUGAGCCCCGAGCGGGGCCGGCUGCGAGGAUGGCUGGAGGGUAGCCUGGCCGGGCUCUGUGAGUUGCAUUGGCUCCGGGAGAGGCAGGAAUACCGCGUGCAGCAAGCGCUGCGGCUGGCCCAGCCCGGAAUGGGGGGCGCCGAGGCCGAGGACGAGGAGGACGCCGAGGAGGACGAGGAUGCGGCGGCGGCGCGCCGGGCCGCUGCGGCCCUGGAGGAGCAGCUGGAGGCCCUGCCCGGGCUCAUCUGGGAUCUGGGCCAGCAGCUGGGAGACCUGAGCCUGGAGUCGGGGGGCCUGGACCAGGAGAGCGGGCGCAGCUCGGGUUUCUAUGAAGACCCCAGUUCCACGGGAGGCCCAGAUUCUCCACCCUCGACCUUCUGUGGGGACAGUGGCUUCUCCGGAUCUGGCUCCUAUGGACGCCUAGGUCCUUCUGAGCCCCGGGGCAUCUAUGCCAGCGAGAGGCCCAAGUCCCUAGGAGACGCCAGUCCCAGCACUCCGGAGUCGGUGGGCGCUCGGGCUGCAGUGCCGCGCUCCUACUCCGCGCCCUACCCGACGGCGGCGGGCUCGGCGGGCCCAGACGUCUGCUCCUCCGCCGAGCGGAGGGCGCGUGCGGGGCCCUUCCUCACGCCCAGCCCCCUGCACGCCGUGGCGCUGCGCAGCCCGCGCCCCUGCGGCCGCUCACCCGUCAACUCGCCCGACCCGUCGGCCCCCCAGCGCCGCCUGCUCUAUGGCUGCGCGGGCAGCGACUCCGAGUGCUCUGCCGGGCGCCUGGGGCCGCUCGGACGCCGCGGGCCUCCGGGUGGCGUUGGGGGCGCCUACGGGGAGAGCGAAUCCAGCGCCAGCGAGGGCGAGUCCCCUGCCUUCAGCUCGGCCUCCAGCGACUCAGACGGCAGUGGUGGCCUCGUGUGGCCACAGCAGCUCGUGGCGGCCACCGCGGCCUCUGGGGGCGGUGCAGGCGGAGGGGGUCCCGCGGGCCCGGCCAAGGUCUUUGUGAAGAUCAAGGCUUCCCACGCGCUGAAGAAAAAGAUCUUGCGUUUUCGUUCGGGUUCUCUCAAGGUCAUGACGACAGUGUGAUUUUGGGGGUUCGCGUGAGCUCCCCCUUCAUGGCCUCUGCACCUCCACGCUCCAGAUGGCUGGCCCUUCGACACCCACCUUCCAAAGAACACCGUGCUCUCUGCUUCCAAAGACCCUCCUUGCUCCCGUCCAAAGUGGCCUUGGGCGGAAAGGCUCAGCGGAGGCGAAAUGGGGGAGAAGCCCUGGCUUCUGAGCUCUUGCACUAGGAAGUCCCCUUGUGUGGGUCUCACUUUCCUCAUCUGUACCAUGGUCGUCCAUGUAUGCAAAGGGGUGAUUCAACUUAAUUCCCCCUUUUAGUGUAGAAGCUUGGUCUGUUGCCCUUCACUUUGUCACCAAGUACUCUCAUCCCUCUUCCCUGCCCAGAUAGGGCUCCCUGUCGUUCACAAAGUGCCCCCUCCAUGGACCCCUAGGAUAUCGCCCCUGAAACCCCUGUCAGAGACUGCGUCUGACUCACGCGGUGCCUGCAGAGUGCCCUAGGAAGGGAAGGUGCACGGAUUUGGGGGUUUUGAGGGUCAAGUAGGAGUUGGCAACACCUGGAAAGGACUCUUUCACCUCUAUCCCUGGACAAGGAGAGAAUUGGUAGGUAGAAGAGGGGAAGGAAGAUGGUUUCCAUCUCGUACCCCACCCUUGCGAGAGAGGGUGGGGAGAGCAGGUGACCCUCAGCUGUUCUGAUUUAGGAUCUUUUUUUCUUUCAUUUUAAGAAUUACUGUAUUUAUUAUGACGAUGGUGACUCCCCGGUGCACAGGGGGGCCAGAUUCUGUGUGUUUCUCUAACCUCUUUGUAAAUAAAUGCACA